ACCCAACUGUAUGCGGGACGAGGGGCGGGCAGAGGAAGUCGAGAGGAGUGCACCGGGAGCAAGUAUGGAGAGCCCCGAGAUCUCGUUCACUCUGGCUUAUGUCGUCUUCUCUGUCUGCGUCGUGUUUACACCCAACGAGUUCCGCUCGGCCGGUUUCACCGUGCAGAAUCUGUUCUCGUCCUGGCUGGGCAGCGAGGACAUGGGGUUCAUCCAGUACCACGUCCGCAGGACCAGCAUGACCGUCCUGGUCCACUCCGCUCUGCCUCUAGGUUACUACAUGGGGAUGUGUGUCGCCGCUCCAGAGAAAAACCUGGGAUAUAUUCACCAGCAGGUGAGUGACACCUGGAGAGCGUUUCUACUCCUGUCUCUCUGCAUCCAGUUGACCAGCUGGACGCUGGUCAUCUACUGGUCUCGGCAUCACUGGCACAACCACCCGAUCAGCCGGGCCCUUCAGGCCCACGUCCAGCCUCCUCACGCCGGCUGGGGCUCAGUGGCAUCCAGCAUCAACACUGAGUUCAGACGCAUAGACAAGUUUUCUACGGGGGCACCUGGAGCCCGAGUUUUCGUCACCGACAGCUGGGUGUUGAAGGUGACCACAUAUUACGUCUACAUGGCCUUACAGAACGACUGUCAUGUGACAGUGACAGAGUCCAGGCAGCACCAGCUGAGUCCAGACCUGGCCUCCCCAGCACAGAUCUUGACCCUGAGAGUGGACAGCAUCAACCCUGCUGUCAGACCCUUUGAUAUCAGGCUCAUCUCUACAGAGUAUGCAGAACUCAGGGAUAAGCUCAACGCUCCCAUCAGGAACUCUCCCAAUGUCGUGAUCCACCAAACCAUGAGUGAACUCUUCCUGGAAACAUUCAGAGCUCAAGUGGACCUCAAUCAACAGUACACACUCCCCAGUGGACAGGAGGUGGAGUCAUGUAUAGGCUGCAUGCAGGUUCCUGCAAACAGCAAGCUGCUCAGACUCUGCCAGGCAGAAGGAGCCGGUAACGAGUCCGAGUGCCAGCAGUGUUUCUGCAGACCCAUGUGGUGUCUGUCCUGUCUGGGUCGAUGGUUCGCUAGCCGCCAAGACCAGCAAAGACCUGAGACCUGGUUGUCCAGCAGAGUCCCCUGUCCUACCUGUAGAGCCACAUUCUGUAUACUGGACAUCUGUGCGGUCCGCUGAAGAGACUACACGGAUCCAAACUGACUUUUCCCACUCAUAAAACAUCGUUUUGAACCCCAACAUGGUGUACACAUGAUCAAUGUGAGAUUUGGAGAGAUAUAUUUUGAGCCCCGAUCAAAAAAGAGGGGUUGAUAUCUGUUACCCUGACCAGGGUAUGUUGAGGUUACCACAAAGAGCCUGCUUCAACUGACUCAGUACUCAUCAUCAGCAUGUGUAAUCAACUCUCAAGUGAUCACACGCGUAUUAACAGGAAUAGCCAAUCAGAACCAAGGAUUCAGGUGAAGCUAUAGCGUAAGUUCAGUCUGAAGAUCAUACCCUCGCAAGCCCGCCAUUUAUUUCUCAUACAUCUGGGAAUCAUUUCUCAUACAUGCUCACUCAUUGUUUACUCGCUGUCAUCGUUCACCACCGUCAAUCAUGACACCAGCUGCGCAGAUCAGCUGGUCCCUUCCUUCCAAUAAGCACAGGGAAACAAUGACAUGGUUAGCCAAUCAUCUUGCUGCUGUCUCAUUUAAAUAUGAUUAUCUCUCUACCUUCAGUUAAUUCAUGUGGCUGUCGCGCAUCUCCCCACCUCCGCCCAGUCUUCAUCAGCUUCAUCAACUUGUCCUUCUUUCAGCCUCAUCAGCGCCACCAGGUCUGGACUCCAUGGAGGAUUUAAAUUGUUGCUGAUCGGGGCAGUCUGCCGUUAAUUACAAAUCUCACUGUCUAGUCCAUGCGCCAAAGACUCUGAGACUUUAUCAGCACAAAUCAUGUUAAUAAAUAAACAUGAUCCUUUCUUCA